AUGAAUGACGCUGAACGCAGGCCUGUUAGUGCCGUCGUUGUCGAGGAGGAGGGAGGGGAUUUCAGUGAGUGCAGCGACUUUCCGUGGAUCAAAUUGUGUCGAGCGCUUGCUGUUCGAUCCGUUUUAGGCUCUCUUGGAUAUACUGGAGACCAGGGCGAUGUCGACCGUGGAUAUCUCGCCCACCGCGAGUCGUAUCGUCGCAACGUCGCUCUCUUGGCCCUGGCACGACGCCUCUAUUGCGCAAACGACGCCGUUACCUACCCCACCGGUGCAUCCUCGGGUGAAGUCAUUCAACCACGAAUCGACGAUGUCGAAGGCCGUCGUCGCGCCUUCAAGCGCGUUGCCACCGAGGCGGCUGCGCUUGCGAGGGCCGGGGGGGUGAAAGGGGUUAUGAAUUUGAACAAUGAAAUAGCUGUGAACGUCAUUAGGAAUCUCGAAAUCGUGCUUGAGUAG